AAAAGUUAUUAUCACUGAAGAUUCACCUCUACCUGCAACACAACAAUGAAAAGGAAGAGAACUUGUAUCCAAUCAUCAACGACAACAAAUUCAUAUUUACCCGAUGAGUGUUGGGAACUUAUCUUCAAAUUCAUCAUCAACGGCGACGAACACAAAGAUCGUCACUACUUUUAUCCUCUCAAUUCUUGUAAAGAAAUCAAAAGGAAGGGGAAGGGAACUUCUGUUUACAAAUCUUCGCGACUAUCUAUUUCAUCAACAUAUUCAGAUAUACCCAAAGAUAUCUUCAACGACGAUGACUCCAACAACCGCAACAUUUGUGGCUACUUGAAUUUUCUCUCCCUUGUCUCCAAGCAACUCCUCUCCAUCACCAACCGAAUUCGAUUCACACUGACUAUCCUCAAUCCAACACGCCCUUUCCUUUGUCGCCUCUUUAAAAGAUUCACAAACCUUAAUUCCCUCAACCUCACACGCUUUCAUGGCGACCUUGAUGCUCUUCUCCGUAAAAUCUCUCGUUUUCCAUCAUUGAACAUCACAUCACUUAAUAUCUCCAACCAACCCACUUUUCCCGUAAAUGGGUUACGAGCUUUCUCCCAAAAGAAUACAACUUUGACCUCUCUCACUUGUUCCCACAUCGUUAAUUUCAACGGUAGUGAUCUGUUCCUUAUUGCAGAAUGUUUCCCUUUGCUUGAAGAACUUGACAUCAGUUACUCCAAUUGUUGCUACAUUUACCCCCGUGGUUACAACACUAAUUAUUUAUGCAGCUGUUUCGAUGGGGUGGAAGCUCUAUCACUUGCACUUUUUAAACUCCGCAAAGUUAAUCUUUCUAGAUUUCCUGUAAACAACCAAUCCCUUUUCCAGUUAUUCCACAACUGUAAGCUUCUCGAAGAAGUCAUCAUGUUUAGUUGUGAUCCAUUAAAUGGAAUGACUAUGGAUGGAAUUACUUCUGCUCUUCGUGAGAGACCAGCAUUAAGGUCUUUUUUAUUUUCCCCUUCCAAUAAGAAAGAGGAAGCGUUCGUUGUUACUUCACAUUUUAUUGACUCUAUUGUGAGUUUGAAGGACUUAACCUGUCUUGAUUUUCAGUUUAUGAAUAUCACAAAUAACUUGCUCUACUGUAUUGCAAGGGAAGGUCUUCCUUUGACGAGGUUUACCCUCCGACAUUGUUUUGGCCCCCAUAGUUCUGCUGGAAUAUUUCGUUUGUUAUCCAAGUGUCAAGGCAUCCAACAUUUGAAUCUUGAACUUUCGUUUCUUAAUGAUCAACAUGUUGUCCAAUUGUCUCCGUUUCUUAGUGGUUUGAUGUCCAUAAACCUUAGUUGUUGCCUUAAGCUCACAAAAUAUGCUUUGUAUGCACUCACUAGAAACUGUCCUCUACUUAGCGAGAUCAAAAUGGAAGGAAUAGGGAAGAGUAUGAGUGUAGAGAAUUCUGAAAAAUUGGUCGAGUUUGGUGUAUACCCUCAAUUAAAGUCUCUCUAUUUGGGAAAAAAUAAAUGGUUAAGCGAUGAAGGUAUCAUAAUGUUUUCUUCCAACUUCCCCAAUUUGCAGCUGCUUGAUUUGAAUCGUUGUAAUCUCUUAUCUGAAGGUAUUUGUCAAGUUUUAAAGAUAUGUUGUAAGAUUGGGCAUUUGAACUUAGCCUUUUGUAAAAAAGUGAAGCUACAUGGAAUGGACUUUGUAGUUCCCAACCUGGAGGUGUUGAACUUGUCAAAUACAAAGGUUAAUGAUAAAACUCUCUAUGUGAUCUCAAAGAAUUGUAGCGGGCUUUUGCAACUAUUACUUGAAUUUUGUGAUAAUGUCACAGAAGUGGGAGUGAAACAUGUGGUAGAGAACUGCACACAACUAAGAGAGCAUGGAUAUCUUCUUUACUAGUAUUCUUAAAGGGUUGUGCUGAAAUUUUGAACUCUACUUUUUCUUUUCUGUUGGAAGGAUGCGUCAGCUAGGUCUCUGCUUCCAUAUGUUGUUGCAUGGAUGCUAGGAGUAUACUGAAACUACAAAAACGAUGUCAUCAAUUCCAGUUGAGUGGUUGAAAUGGCAGAAGACCUCAAGUAUUUUUUUUUUCAUAUUAGAUUGACCGGAUCAUUUUCUCUAAUGUUGGUUGAAGUAGAAUUGUAUUUUUCUUUUAUA